UACACGACCUUCGUCCUGUACCCAAUUAAGAACACUUUGCCUGGCACCGCUAACACGCGCAAGAACACUUCAUUCAUCCUGGCUUCCUGUUGGAAGCAAAACCAUGGGCAUCUUGGAUCACCUCUCCGAUAUGUGCAGUAUGACCCAGACAAAGAACGCCCUCAAGCCCAGGAAGAGGCGGCCACUGCAGACGGUAAACAUCAAGGUGAAGAUGGAUUGUGAGGGCUGCGAGAGGAGGGUCAAGAACGCGGUGAAAUCGAUGCGGGGUGUGACGGCGGUGUCCGUGACUCCAAAGAUGAGCAAGGUGACGGUGACUGGGUACGUGGAGCCGAGCAAGGUGCUGGAGCGGGUGAAGAGCACCGGGAAGGGGGCGGAGAUGUGGCCGUACGUGCCCUACUCGCUCACCACCUACCCCUACGUCGGCGGCGCCUACGACAAGAAGGCCCCCGCCGGCUUCGUCCGCAGCGCGCCGCUGGCCAUGGCCGACCCAGGGGCGCAGGAGGUCCGGUACAUGAACAUGUUCAACGACGAGGACGUCAACGCCUGCUCCAUCAUGUGACGUGGUCGACCAUCUCAAACAUCUCCACACCAGCUAUAACAGAUACAUCGCUACUCUACAUUCAGGCUAUGCAGCCUACUAGUUAAUCUACGCGUGUACGAUUUCCAUGUGAGUUGUUUGCAUAUUUUCAGCUUGGAGACAUGAACUAUUUUCUA